CAAAAUUAAACUAUCCACUUUACUAUAAACCUUCUAAAGAGUAAAGAAAGGGUUUGUGUUGUAGACUUGUAGUUGAACAAAGAUGGAGGAAAGAGUGAUUUUAUCGUCUUCUAAACCUUUCUUUCUUUUUUGGGCAAUUAUGGUGUUUCAUUUUCUGCUUAAAGCUUCUUCAAAUCCAGAAGGUGAUGCACUGAUUACAUUGAAGAGGAACUUGAAGGAUCCUAAUAAUGUUCUUCAAGAUUGGGAUGCUACACUUCCAAAUCCAUGCACAUGGUUUCAUGUUACGUGCAAUCAACAUAACAGCGUGAUCGCCGUUGAUCUUGGAAAUCAGGACCUUUCUGGUACAUUGGUUUCAAGCCUUGGUCAUCUCUCCAAUUUGCAGUACUUAGAACUUUAUAAUAAUAGUAUAACAGGUAAAAUCCCAGAAGAGCUAGGAAAUUUGGCAAACUUGGUUAGCUUGGAUCUUUACUUGAACAAUAUAAGUGGUACUAUACCCAAUACAUUCGGCAAACUUCAAAAACUACGUUUCCUGCGUCUCAAUAAUAACAUGUUGAGUGGCCGCAUUCCCGUGUCUUUGACAAAUGUUUCUACGCUGCAAGUUCUUGAUCUCUCAAACAACAAUCUAGAAGGGGAUGUUCCAGUGAAUAGUUCAUUUUCAUCAUUUACCUAUGUCAAUUAUCAAAAUAAUCCUCAUUUGCAACUACCAAAAAUCAUUCCUGUGCCGCCUUCUCCACCAUCACCAGCUUCUUCAGGUAGCGAAAAUACUGGAGCUAUUGCAGGAGGAGUUGCUGCUGGUGCUACUCUGUUGUUUGCUGCCCCUGCAAUUGCACUUGCUUACUGGAGAAAAAGAAAACCACUCGAUCACUUCUUUGAUGUUCCUGGUGAGGAGCAUCCUGAAGUUCGCCUUCGCCUUGGUCUGCCUAACAGGUUUUCCUGGCGCGAGCUGCUAGUAGCGACAGAUAACUUCAGUAACAAAAAUAUAAUAGGCAGAGGUGGAUUCGGAAAAGUAUAUAAAGGACGUUUAGCUGAUGGCACCCUUGUAGCAGUAAAAAGACUUAAAGAGGAGAGGACACAGAGUGGGGAGCUACAAUUUCAAAGAGAAGUUGAAAUGAUCAGUAUGGCUGUGCAUCGCAAUUUGCUCCGGCUUCGUGGUUUUUGCAUAACAUCUACUGAACGUUUGCUUGUGUAUCCUUAUAUGGCCAAUGGAAGUGUUGCAUCAUGUUUACGAGAACGUAGUGAAUCUGAUCCGCCACUUGAGUGGCCGAUACGGAAGAAUAUUGCGCUGGGAUCUGCCAGAGGGCUUGCUUACUUGCAUGAUCAUUGUGACCCUAAGAUUAUUCAUCGUGAUGUGAAAGCUGCAAAUAUAUUGUUGGAUGAGAACUUUGAAGCAGUUGUUGGAGAUUUCGGUUUAGCAAAGCUUAUGAGUUACAAAGAUACACAUGUUACUACUGCUGUUCGUGGUACGAUUGGGCAUAUAUCACCUGAGUACCUGUCAACUGGAAAGAUUUCAGAAAAGACAGAUGUUUUUGGAUAUGGUGUGAUGCUUCUUGAACUAAUAACAGGACAGAGGGCUUUUGAUCUAGCAAAACUUGCCAAUGAUGACGAUGUAAAAAACUGACUGCUACUUCUAUUCUGCAGUUGUAACAAUUUUGGACACUUUUAA